AUGGAACAGUCUAAAGAGUGCGAAUUCCUCAAUCUCAAGAAGCGUCCUUCAGCUAAACAGAUAUCUAUUAGUGGUAUCAAUGCAGGCUCUCCUGCAGCAAGUCGUCAAAUUGCCAACGAAUCCAAACAAACGCCUAACAAAGAUGCUGAAAAGAAACCUGAUAUCGCUCCAAAGCCUCCUGCCGUCGACUUUCCAGGCGGUGUUAGUUUGGCCAUCGUCUUUGUCGGUCUCUUUCUCGCUGCCCUUUGUGUUGGACUUGAUCGCACCAUCGUUGCUACUGCCAUUCCCAAAAUCACGAGCGACUUCAACUCUCUCGACGAUGUGGGCUGGUACGGCUCCGCAUAUCUCCUAACAAACUGCUGCUUCCAGCUCUUCUUUGGCAAACUCUACGCCAAAUUCCACAUCAAUUGGGUAUUUCUCAGCGCGCUUCUCAUAUUCGAAGUCGGAUCGGUUGUAUGUGCCACGGCGCCGACUUCUGUAGCUUUAAUCGUGGGCAGAGCAGUGGCUGGAAUAGGAGGUGCUGGGAUUGUAUCUGGGGCACUUGUUAUUCUUUCGAGAUGCUUGCCGUUACAUAAGCGUCCGAAAUAUACGGGUGCCAUGGGCGGUUCUGUUGGUAUCGCGCAGAUCACUUCGCCUACACUUGGAGGUGUCUUUACGGACAAGGUGACUUGGAGAUGGUGCUUCUGGAUUAAUCUCCCUCUAGGAGCCGUCACUUUCUUCACGAUUCUCUUCCUUGUCAAGAUCCCCUCCGAUCCCAAUCGCAAGUCUAAAGGCACGUUGAAGGGAUUUCUCGACAGAUUCGAUCUCAUCGGUACACUAAUUCUAAUUCCUUGGGUGAUCUGUCUUCUACUGGCCCUUCAAUGGGGCGGUAGUCAGUAUCCUUGGAACUCUUGGAGAAUCAUUCUUCUUCUCGUCCUCUUUGCUAUCCUUUUCGUCAUUUGGCUGUACAUUCAGUUUAAGGAGGGCAUAAAGGCCACACUCCCACUCCACAUUAUUAAACAACGAUCCAUGAUGGCUGGAAUGAUGUUCAUGUUUUGCUUAUUUACUGCCUUCUUUGUUAUCAAUUACUAUAUUCCGAUCUGGUUCCAGUCUGUCAAGGGGGUAUCAGCUUAUAAAUCGGGCAUUUACUUUCUUACAAUGAGCGCUGGUCUAUCAUUAGCUGUCAUAGCUUCAGGCUUUCUGACAACUCGAAUUGGGUACUUUGUUCCCAACAUGAUCAUGUCCACCAUCCUUUCUUCGGUGGGAGCUGGCCUCAUUUAUACAUUUGAUCUUCACACGAGAACCGGCCUUUGGUCAGUUAUGUCUGUCGGUGGCUUUUUGACUACAUUUUCAUCUUCUAAUUUCUGCUACAGGGUUUCGUCUCUAAUCAUCACGGGCAUCGGCAUCGGCAUCGGCGCCCAGCAGCCUCUCAUGGUGGCCCAAACAGUCUUUAAAGGCCCCGACAUUGCUCUAUCUACCUCGGCACUAAUCUUUACUCAAACACUUGCAGGUACAAUCUUCCUAUCGGUCGCUGAGAAUAUCUUUCAAACCCAACUCGUCUCGCAGCUUCGGACGCUGGUGCCCGAGAUUGACCCACGGGAUAUCAUCAACAUCGGCGCUUCAAAUCUCCGACAGGUUAUAGAGGCAAAGUUUCCGCAGGAUCUCACUGCUAUUUUGACAGCAUACAAUAAUGCUAUUCGACGCGUGUUUCUCAUACCGGUCAUAUUUGCUUGUCUUAAUGCCAUUCCCGAUGCGAUUAUGGAGUGGGUGAGCCCGGUGAAGAGGGGAAAGGCCGGAGCACAAACACAAAAAGCGAACGAGAAGCCAAGAGAAAAAAAUUGA